UGCAGUAGUUACAGCAGCCUCUUUUCUGCGGUCGGUGUCAGGUCACUACUUACCUUUUCCUUUAAAGAGUCUGUAGCCUGUUACCUGAAACCUGAGUCACCUGAGGCUUGUUACUCGCCUGUUUUGAACCUCUGCCUAUUACUCUGGAUUUUGGGAUUGUCUAACUGUUCGGUCGGCCUUACUGGUUUUCACCAUCGCCUACUUCAUGUUACAACAGCCGAUAACCAUGGGCAACAAAUCCUCACGAGCGCCUCAAGAGCAAACAGUCUUUCUUUCUAAAGAUGGAGAAGUGUACAGAAUUCCUUCUCUUUUCUACAACGGAGACGGAAAGCAGUUCCUGGCGUUCGCAGAGCAGAGGAGGACGACAAACGAUGCCAGCACAAAAUACCUGGUUAUGAAAACAGGAACGCUGAAGGAGGAAACGCCUGAUGUGAAGACGAUUGAGUGGUCAGAACUCAAGCUGGUAAAGGAGGCACUUCUUGAAGGAUACCGUCCUAUGAACCCGUGUCCGGUGUACGAGAAAACCACCAACACACUUUUCCUGUUUUUCAUCUGUGUUAAGGGCACCGUCUCAGAGUGCUGGCAGAGAUUCUGGGGCUGCAACAAGGCCCGUCUCUGCUAUAUCACAUCUACAGAUGCUGGUCAAACAUGGAGCACGGUGACUGAUUUGACUGACGAUCCCAAAUUGGCUAAAAUCAAAACCUGGGCCACGUUUGCCGUUGGACCAGGUCAUGGCAUUCAAAUGGAGAGCGGUAGAUUGAUUGUCCCCCUUUAUGGUUAUGCUCCUUGCUCCACCUCAAGCUCUUUCAUAAUGUUCUAUUUCUCUGUCCCGCAUGCACUUUAUCUGUACAGCGACGAUAAGGGCAGAAAUUGGCAAUUUAGCAAUAUGCUUCAAACUAAAUCAGUUGAAUGUGAAAUGGCAGAGAUCAAUGACAACACCGUCUACUGCAAUGCCCGUAGUGAGGGAGGCUACCGCGUGGAAGCUAUUGAUGAGAAUAAAGGAGCUGGUUUGUUCCCCCUCCCGCCUGCUAACAAGCUUGUGGAAACAGGUGGAGGCUGUCAGGGAAGUGUGGUGUCCUUUCCAGCUGAAGGUAAAGAUGCAAAUCCAAACAAGUGGCUGCUCUUCACACACCCAAGCGAUCAGUCCAAAAGGGUUAAUUUAGGAGUGUAUCUGAAUAAAUCUCCACGGGAUCCAUUCGCAUGGAGCACACCCUGGAUCCUGAACAGUGGACCCAGUGGUUACUCAGACCUGGCUUACAUUGGUGAUGGCUGGUUUGCAUGUCUAGUGGAGUGUGGGGAGCUGAAAGAAACCGAGCAGAUAGCGUAUAAAGUGUUUCACUACGACGGCAUCAAACCUACUGAAGGUACUGAAAAGAAAAAAAACUGAAAUCAGCCUUUAUCUGAUGUGAAGCCUUCUGUCUGGCUCAACAAAUAAGAUGCUGACUUAGCUCAUAGAACCAGCUUUAAAAUGUAUUAUAACAGGCUAAUGCUAAUGCAGCGUGUGAAGAAUUGUGAAAGUGAACAGAGCAUUUAAAGGUUUCAGCUCCACCUUUCUCUGUGUGUUAGAUUUGGUUUUCCUCAUAUGAGACUUCAGAGUAACCUGCUGGAUAACACAAGUGAAAUCCUAUUUACGUCUAC